AUGAAGCACCAAUGUGACCUAUGUAUUGCGUUAAGCCUUAGUGCUUCAUUAAGCUUCUGUGGAUUGGGAUGUACCCUAUGUUUCUGUGGAUAUGGAAGAUGUAAUGGUGAACGCAGAAGGAAGUCUGUUCGUGGAUGCAUUGUCAGCCAACACCUGUCUAUUUUAAACUUGGUUAUAGUGAAGAAUGGAGAAAAUGAUUUGCCCGGGCUUACUGACACUGAAAAACCGAGGAUGAGAGGUCCAAAGAGAGCAUCCAAGAUCAGAAAGCUCUUUAACAUUUCCAAGGAAGAUGAUGUCUGGAAGUACGUCAACACUUACAGGAGGACUUUCACCACAAAAUCUGGCAAGAAGGUCAGUAAAGCUCCAAAAAUCCAGCAGCUGGUGACUCCAUUGACACUUCAGAGGAAGCAAACUAGAAUUGCAGAUAAGAAGAAGAGAAUCGCCAAGGCAAAGUCAGAGGCAGUUGAGUACCAGAAACUGGUUGGCAUGAGGCUGAAGGAGCAGCGAGAGCGUCGUAGUGAGAGUUUAGCCAAGAGGAGGUCCAAGCUCUUUGCUGCUUCUAAGCCUUCUGUUGUUUCUUAGAUUGCCUUCGAAGUU